AUGGGCUGGACGCUGCCAUUUUCAUCCUUUCGGAAGAUACCCAGCCCUUGUAACUUAUUGGAUCCAUUGGAUCAAUCUCAAUCCCCUGCUCCUCCCUGGUCGUUGCUAAACACCACCAAAGCCCAUCCCCGAACGUCCCGGAGUCCCGACUCCAAGGCUGUGUUCACGAUUCGUGAUCUGCACACCGCUCGUGCCCUCCUGUCAAACGUUGCUCACCGCGACGUCUACACAGCCGGACGCAGCGAGGAACAGGCGUUGGUAGCAGAAAUAGAUGGGAGGCGCUCCCUCACCGUGCUUACUCAAUCUGAUCUGACCAAGCAUUCCUUCGAUCCAAGUCUUGAUCGUUCCGGCCUCUCCGGUGGUGCGGUGCAUCAUCGAGCGAAAAGUCGAUCGUAG